GAAGACUGCCGCCAACUCGAUGCCUCCGACACUUCGGGUGAGCUGGCAUUGCUCGGCCUGGCUGCCAGAGAGCAGCCCCAUUCCAGCCUCAACGUCGACAAGGCCAGCCCAGCAACGAGCGUGGCCGGAGCCGACAGCCGCCGGGCUUCAACAGCCCCAGCUAGCCUGCACGAGUUCGAGUCGGCUUUGAGCCAGCUCGUGCAGCGUCGCUUUCCUUCCCUGCGCUCGGUUCUGAUCUCGCCCAGCUUCGUCGUCUACACCUGCCUGACUCUGGCUGGAAUGCUUCGGCUGGCCCUCCUAUUGGUACAGCUCGGACCGAUGCUGCACUACCAUUUCUCGGGUCGGCUCGACUCGGACGCCACGAUCGAGCGUCUCUCAGGACUCGCCUCGCUCUGCUUCCUCACCAGUCUCGUCUUCUCACCCGCUUGUGGCUGCCUCGUCGACCGCCUCCGAAAGGCCUGGCUGCCGCCUCUUCUGCCCCUCUCCUUUGCCGUCUCCUCGCCCCAGCUUCACCUUCGCUCUCUCGCCGCCUCCACAGACCCACGACCGACCCAGCUCGCCUCCGCGGUCUACUGGCUCAGUCUGACGCCUCUGCUUCCUCCGGCCAUCGCCUCCGCCCUCUUGGCCACUCUGGUCAGUGCGCUCUGCUUCUUUCCCAGCCUGCCCGGAUUCUACGCCCUCCUUCUCAGUCUGGCUGCAAUGCGCAGCUGUUUAUAUACAUUCUCGCUGGCCUAUCUUAUCUCUGCGUUCCCCUUGGAGAUGUACGGUCGCGUUUAUGCCGCCUUCAGCUUCAUCUACGGCCUCGUCGCUUUGCUACAGUACUCCGUGCUUCGUCUCUCUGUCCCAACCGCCAACAUCAUCUGCCUCUUUCUGGCCGUCAGCAUGUUUGCGCCGCCCUUCUACAUGGGCGUGCAAAGUUGGCGCUCUUGGGGCCAACUGGUAGCCUGGCAACGGACGCUCGGGAAUUCCGGCUAA